CCGCCGCCGCACUAGCCCCGCCCCUCUUCCUCCGGUUCCGCCGCCGCCAUUGUUGGAGGGUCCGCCGCCGCCGCCGCCGCUUCUGCUUUGUCUCCCGCGGGCCGCUGAGAGGAAGAGGAGGAGGAGGAAGCUGAGGGGGAAGGGCGCACCCUGAGGCAGUUGUUAGGAAGCCCUCCUCCUUCUCCUCCUCCUCCCCCGCGAGGCCAAGGUGUGGGCCUCCCAGGCGCCCCCUUCCCGUUGGGGCUAGCCGUUAGUUUAAAUGGCGACCGAGCUGUCCGAAGCGGACCCCGCACACCGUAAGGCGCUUCCACUCUUAACAGGAGCCCCCCUGGACAAGUUGAGUGAGACGGUUGAAGACGGCACCAUGCCGAUCCGCCGGGCCGUCAACUCUUCUGCUCGGGAGACGCCUCCCAAAAGCAAGCCUGCGGAAGGGGCCGAGGCCCAGCCAGAUCCGGAUGUCAGCUCGGAGGAAUCCGCUUCGACUGUAGAGGAGCGAGAGAACGAGACUCCGCCGGCCACCUCCAGCGAGACGGAGCCCCCCAAGGAGCCCGAGGCCGAAGAGAAGAGCAAUGCCAAACCGGCCGAGGAGGCCAAAAAGGAGGAAAAGGACCCAGCUAAAGAGAAGGAGAAGAAAGUCAAGAAGACGAUCCCUGCCUGGGCCACCCUCUCCGCCAGCCAGCUGGCCCGGGCACAGAAGCAGACGCAGAUGGCCGCUUCCUCCCGCCCAAAGAUGGACGCCAUCUUGAUCGAGGCCAUCAAGGCCUGCUAUCAGAAGGGGGGCGCCUCCGUCGUGGCCGUCCGCAAGUACAUCAUCCACAAGUACCCGUCCCUGGAACUGGAGAGGAGGGGCUACAUCCUGAAGCAGGCCCUGAAGAGGGAGCUGGAGCGGGGCGUCAUCCGGCAGGUGAAAGGGAAAGGGGCCUCUGGCAGCUUCAUGGUGAUCCCAAACUCGGGGAAGGCGGCUCCCAAGUCCAGGGAUCGGAAGAGGAGCCCCUCGGCUUCGGGGCCGGAGCAGCAGGUGAAGCUGGAAGACGUCCUCCCGCUGGCCUUCACCCGCCUCUGCGAGCCCAAAGAGGCCUCCUACAGCCUCAUCAAGAAGUACGUCGCGCAGUACUACCCCAAGCUGAAGGUGGACGUGAGGCCCCAGUUGCUGAAGAACGCCCUGCAGCGGGCGGUGGAGAAGGGCCAGCUGGAGCAGAUCACGGGCAAAGGCGCUUCCGGGACCUUCCAGCUGAAGAAGUCUGGGGAGAAGCCGCUGCUGGGGGGCAGCCCGGUCGAAGACGCCAUCCUCUCGGCCAUCGCGGCCAUGAACGAGCCCAAGACCUGCUCCACCACUGCCCUGAAGAAGUACGUCCUGGAGAAGCACCCGGGGACGAACGCCAGCCUCCAGGUCCACCUGCUGAAGAGGACCCUGAAGAAAUGCGAGCGCAACGGCUGGAUGGAGCAGAUCUCCGGCAAGGGCUUCAGCGGCACCUUCCAGCUCUGCUUCCCUUACUACCCCAGCCCUGGCAUCCUGUUCCCAGAGAAGCAGAAGGAGGAGUCCUCCUCGGAGGAAGAGGAGGAGGAGGAGUCCUCUUCGGAGGAGGAAGAGGAGGAGUCCUCGGAGGAGGAAGAGCCGCCUCCCAAGAAAAGGAUGCAGAAGCGACCCCCACCGAAAGCGCGGGGCCGGGCCCCCCCACCGGUAAAGCGGCGAGAGGCCAAGCCGAAGCCUCGCAAGGCCCCCGUGGCCCACCGCGGGAAAGCCAAGCCCCCGCCCAAGGCCAAGGCCCCCCCCGCCAAGAAAGCCAAGCCCGCCAAGCCAGCACCCCCCCGGGCGGCCGCCAAGCUCCCCCCCAGCAGCAGCCCCGCCCCCAAGAAGCCAGCUGUGAGCACCCGGAAAGAGGCCAAGCCCCCCUCGGCCAAGAAGAGCAAGCCCACCAUGAGGAAGUCCCUGCGGGCAAAGAAGUAACGCGUCCCCCCCCCCGGCAGGCAGCAGUGCCUCUUGGGUCUCCCCCCACCCCACCCCACCCCUGUUUUCUAAGGUCUGCACAGGCUUCUCUCUUAGUCCUCCCAUUCUCCCUCCCCUCCCCAGAACAGCGCCGCAGACCUCCCCC